UGGAUAGGAUUAUCCUACUCCCGUACUGAAAGUAAUCUUCCCUUCCCUUUGUAACCAAACACACCCUUUCCUCUACUAUACUCCUCCCAACUCUAAACUCUAAUUCACUCGUGCGAAUUCACUGGAAACCCAGAUCCAUUUCACUCAGAGUGAAAAACCUCUCAAGGAUCGGAUCCAUCAAGAAAAUGCCGCCGAAAUCUGAUACACAAACUCCGGUCACCUCCACCGGCGCCGGAGACCCGGCAUCCUCCUCCGUGGAUCCGAUCUUCCACAUCCUCCGUGUCCUCCCCUACAGCUUUCUCCGGCCACCUCGCCUCCGCCUCAAGCUCCCAACCCUAACCUUACCUUCCCCGAUGACCGUCUACGCACUAGUCCUGCUGACCUACUUCAUGGUGGUUUCCGGCAUCGUCUACGAUGUGAUCGUGGAGCCACCUGGGAUCGGGUCGACCCAGGACCGUGUCACCGGAUCCGUUCGACCCGUGGUGUUCAUGCCUGGGCGUGUGAACGGCCAGUACAUCAUCGAAGGUCUGUCUUCGGGUUUCAUGUUCGUGCUUGGCGGCGUUGGCAUUGUGCUCAUGGACCUCGCGCUCGACCGCAAUCGCGACAAGUCAAUGAAGAUCUCGUACGCUUCCGCCGGAAUAUCCUUCGUCGUCAUCGCCUACGUCAUGAGUAUGCUGUUUAUUCGCAUCAAGAUCCCGGCAUAUCUUAGCUGAAAUUCGUGCUCUAAUGCGAUUUUCAUACUUUUACAUAAACAUAAAUUAUGAAUUGGACCUAUUGUUUAGUAUUUUCUUCGCUAUUUUAGGAUUUUGAUAGAGAUAGUAAGAUUUUGAAAACGAAUUAUAUAUCGGCUUGCGAAGCUUACUUGCGUAUAAUUAACUGAAUUUCUAGAAUUUUCUGUA